UGAAGACUCAACAAGAAAAUGGUAUGUAAUCAACCCUUUUUUUAUAUAUUCAAUAUUUUCCUUUAUUAUAUAUGUUUCUCUUCCUCUUUUUUUUAUUUUUAUUUUCAUUUUUUAUUAUUUUUCCCACUUUGGAUAUCUUUUUUUUUCCCUUUUGAUAAGAUAACCAUCACUUUUUUGUUUACUAUCAUCGCAUAUCAGGCUACUUGAUGUUGCUUGAGCUGCUCCUUGAUGGUCUUAUUUUUUUUUUGCCAUGUUUUUUUCCCACCGGCUAAUCUAGCUUUGUUAUUUAUUCUAAACAAACACACACAGACAGACAACUAAUCCAAAUAUUUUUUUUUGUCCAUCUUUUUUAGGUUAUCAACAAGAAAUGAAUGGAAACAUGAUGACGGAUAAGCAAGUCGAAACAAAUAACAAGUAUCAAUAUAGCAAUGGUAUGGAAAAUGGACAAAGUACACAAUUUGUAACUCGUGUCACAUCGCUUCCCAUCAUUCAAGAAGGUAUAUCCAACACACAAGCUAUAGCUAGUCAAUUUAAAUUAGGUCGAUUCUUCCUUGGUCAAACACAUUCUUUGAUCCAGCACUUGACAAAAGUAGUACACAAGACACAAGAUACUCAAACUUAUCAACACUACUUCCGCUCUGAUGGGUAUCUGAAAAGAUCUCUUGUUACGAUGGAUGGGUGGGCCUGUUCUUCUUUGGAUAUGAUUGAAACUAAGGUACCAUUGAUUCAACAAUCUACAGCAACUAUUAUCGAUACGUUGGUGGUACAGCCUCGUCAAAAAGCCCAAACUCAACUUGAUCAUACAUGGAAGAUGGUCAUGCAACCGUGGUCCAAAGUCGCUUUACAAAUCAACAAGCAUCUGGAUGAUGUAGAACAAUGGAUGGAACAACAUGGACUUGUAGAUUAUCAAGAUGACAGGAAGGAAAUUGAACAAAGAAAAAUCAACCAACGUCUUCGGUAUUUGUGUGGCGCCGUGGCAACCAAGGCAGUGGGGACUGGAACACAACAGGUCUUGAUCAUCAAACAGCAUUGCAUCGAUUGGUCACAACAUCAAAUCGACCGUACGUAUUCUUUGGUCCAACCCGUUUUAUCAGAAAAAAUCAUCCCGUUGGCUAACUCGCUCAAAUCUCGUCUCAAUGAUUCACUUUCCAAUUUGGCGUCAUGGCUGCAUAUCAAAGGAUCAACUAGUUAAUUACUUGAUUAGUUUGUUUUGUUUGUUUGAACUUAACCCUCUUUUUUUCUUAUAUCAUUCUUGUUAUUAUUUACUAUUAUCUUCAAGUUCAUUCGUCUAUAUGAUUUUUUUUAACCCCUCCUAUCCUGAUCGUUUUACAUUUCAGUGUACGCCUUCUUUUUUUUUCCUUUUAUAUAUAUAUAUAUCUCAAAUAAAAAAAAAACUUGUUAUACU